AUGUCUCAUAAUAUUGGCAAAGAUCCCGAUUCUGUUUAUCAAGGCGAAGGUGACCUUAAGGCCAAGAGCAAUGGUUCUUAUUCAUUCAGGAGUGACAUAAUGUUAACCCCUCCUCAUAAAAUUCGUACUCCUGAUUUUGAUCGUCUUUUACCACAAAGAUCACUUAAUCCGGUCCAGGAUCUGCAGAUGCGGAUUGUGACCGAAGAAAGUUCCAAGAAGCGGAAAUUAUCGGUAAUCGAAGAGGAAGCACAGCAAGCAGUUGUGGGACAAGCAAUGUUACCGUUAAGAGAAACAACUGAUGAUAUAAUUCAUCGUUUGAAUUCAACUCCCACAAAGUCAUCCAAGAGAUUGUUGUCUUUUAGUACACCGACGAAGGAACGAAAUUAUUUUUUUGACUCUCCGGUCAAGAGUGAUUAUAAUUCGAGCCCGCUUCCGUUGGAAGCGCAGUUAAUUUUAACUAGUCCUCGCAAACCCCCUAGAUAUAUCAGUAGAACUCCAUAUAAGGUGCUUGAUGCACCAGAUCUUCAGGCAUGUUUUGUGCAAUAUAUUACGAUCUUAUUCUCUUUUCUUAAAUUAUUAUUAUCUAAUUUAUAUUUCCCUUUCAAACAGGAUGACUUUUACUUGAAUUUGGUGGAUUGGUCUUCCACAAAUGUUUUGGGUGUUGGAUUGGGUACUUGUGUUUAUCUUUGGAACGCCGUGACUUCAAGAGUUGUGAAACUUUGCGAUAUGGCUACUCCCGGAAGACAUGGCAAUAGCAAUACGGAAAAUGUUACUUCUGUUAGUUGGAUGCCGACGGGUUCUCACAUAGCCGUUGGGACAGCUCUAGGUCCUGUCGAAAUCUGGGAUAUUCAUAAAAGUAGAAGAAUCAGAAAAAUGAAAGGACAUAUUCAACGAGUAGGUGCUUUGUCUUGGAACUCUUAUAUUGUUAGUUCUGGAGGGCGUGAUAGGUUAAUUUAUCACAGGGACAUAAGAGCUCCAAAUGAUUAUACGGCGAAACUGUCUGGACAUAGACAAGAGGUUUGUGGGCUUAAGUGGAAUCCAGAAGGAAAUCAACUUGCUAGUGGUGGAAAUGACAAUAAGCUUUUGAUAUGGGACAGAGCAAAUGAUGUACCAAUUCAUAAAUUUCCUCAUCAUACAGCUGCUGUUAAAGCUAUUGCUUGGAGUCCACAUUCACAUGGACUUUUGGCAAGUGGUGGUGGUUCCCAAGAUAAGCACAUUCGGUUUUGGAAUACUACAACUGGUAAAGCACUAGAGAGCUACGAUACAGAAUCUCAGGUUUGCAACCUUGCAUGGUCUAGACAUGCAAACGAGAUAGUAUCAACUCAUGGAUACUCUCAAAAUCAAAUAAUUCUCUGGAAAUAUCCUACGAUGGAGCAGCUGGCUAUUUUGAAAGGUCAUACUCUUCGUGUCCUCUACCUUUCUGUUUCACCCGAUGGCGAGAAUAUAGUUACUGGUGCUGGUGAUGAAACUUUACGCUUUUGGAAUGUGUUUAACAACGGCAAGAAAGAAAAGAAGCGUAUGACUGUAUUUGAUAUUCGUUCUCAGAUUC